CUAGUUAACGACCUACUGGAUACGUCUUAGCUGGUGGGAUCGUCGUGCGGACGGAGGCCGCCCGACUGGCCAGUUGAGAAGCUGUCAGAUUUCCGGCCAUCAUUAGCGCGUCAUCAAUGGCCCCGUCGACAUCGAAAGCUGACCGUUCGUCACCAUUCCCUGGUGGGAUAAUAUCUGAAACCAUCUCCACGCUGGGCCCGGACGACGCUAAUGCUGCUGGUGAUGGGAGAUUCCUGACUCGCAACGACGGCCGUCAGAUCCUCACUUUCCGACCAUCACUCCCAACAAUGUCCCGGCGUACACACUCACGCUCCUUGAGCAAUCCAUUUCCUUCUCUCUUUGGGGGAAGGAAGAAAGCCGAACAGCACGCCAACCAGAACUCCCUUCUUGAUGUCGUUGACGAUGAAUCCACCCAGCUUUCUCGAUCAGUGAGCCCAAACAGACAGCAAGAUUUAAACCCACCAGAUCAUAAUGUGAUUCGCAGAUGCAUGAUGUGUGAUCAUUCUAACUCAUUUCCUUCAGGGAAAAGGGGCUUCAGGUGUGGAAAGUGCACGACAGUGCACGAUUUAGAACCUUGCCAUUCAUCUCGACUUCUUCAGAUUCCUUCAGGAGAUGGAAAGGAAGCCAGCGGCCUGGCGGGCAAGAGAAAAGUGUCUGUGGAGAAAACAAGGAAUAUCAUUGAUCACUGCCUGCGGUCGUUCUUCAGUAACCAGCUCAAGAGCUUGGGGCUUGAUCCAUUGACUGGCCCUGAUCUGCCAGUGACUCGAAGGCGUGGAGCGUCGGAGAGUAGCUUAGGCACUUAUCGUCAUGAACCCCCCCGGCAUGAUGCUGUUGGUGACCUUUCUACUAAGAAAGCUGAGCCUACAUUCGAAUUUGGCAAAUAUCCUGACGGCGUUUGCCAGUCUACCAUACCUCAGUCCCCGAAAGAGCUGCCUAUACAGACCAAACGCAAGCCGGUUCCAAGUAGUUCGACAGUUCCGAGCUUUGAUCCUCAAACUCAUGACCAAAAUCAACGACAAAAUAUUUCCAGACCAACUUUACAGAGUGGUGGAUAUAUAUUUCGUGUACUUGAAGACUACAUUUAUGCUUCUUUCGAUGACUGUGACACGCUGAACAAUUCCUUUCUAACGCCAGGAUCGCGUCAUCCACGAGCUGCCAGUGAAGGAACUCCACUGAGGAAAAGCCCAGAGAAUUCACCCUCUCCUCCGAACGGCUCACCGCACUUUCAGCUGGACGGGAAAACCCUUCGUCUAGGUGAUAUUGCCGAAAACGGAAGUUGGUGGGCUGGAACGCGUCCAACACGGCAUAGGUCGAUAAACGAUAAUCAGAAUACGAGGCCAAAUAACACACACAGUGGGCUUGUGAGCUUCAAAAGCCCUCGAAUAAAUUGGCCCGAACUCUCGGAGUGGUAUCAUUUGGUGAUCCAUGCCGGCGAUUGCUGGCGUACUGCGUGGCACCUUAUGAAACCUACCAAUACAGAUGAGCUUCUAAAAUGGGAAGCAGUGGAAUUGUCGGGGUUAGAAAAAUUAAUCUCUGAAUCUGAAUUUCAUUUAAGAACAGUGCUGCUUAAAGCAACUGAGAAGCUCCUUCAACGGCCGAAACGGCCACUGGAACGCCCGGAAGACACUCGGUUUCUAUUAAUUCUCCUCGUUAACCCAUUGCUAUAUCCUAGCAGUUCUAGUCCUCGAAAACCAUCUGCUCAACUGAUGGUUCCUGGUUCUGGUGACCGAUCGAGAUCGAGCAUGCCGGCGGACAGGGUACCAGUGCCGAGAAGAAGCCAUUCGGCACUUUCAAACAAGGCCAUUGCGCCGAGCGACCGUCGCUCUGUGAUUAUAAAGAGAAUUAUCGGCCUCCUUUCCAACCUACCAGGUGAAUGUCAUCAUUCACUGGUAUCCUGGUUUUCGAGGCUUUCUGAGAAUCAAUUCCGACGGCUAGUUGAUCUCGUCGGUAGUUUUGUCACUUACCGGCUAAGUAAAGGCUCCAGGCGGCGACCGAGUAAGUCGGUAAACAUCGAGGAUAAUAUCGAAGAGUUUGUACCUACAUUUUCUGGCCCUAGCUCUACCACGUCGGCGCAGCUACAUUCAGCAUUGCAACGAGAUAAUGCGACCAAACCAUCGAGCUCUGAGCAUAAGACUGUCGCUUACAGUGACGAUUGGCAAAUGAGAGCAGCCGCUCGCGUGAUGGCUUUAUUGUUUCGUGCGAAUCACUCGAGCCAUAGAAGGAGAUCUCCCCACUCGGCUUCAUACCCUCCGUUGAAUGGACAACACGAAGUCCAUGAUCACUUACAUAUGAUUCCGAUAAGUACUUUCUAUAACACAUUGCUCGAUUACUCUGAUUUGAUCACGGACUUUGAGGCCUGGGAAUCACGAACUGGAAAGUUCACAUUUUGCCAGUACUCCUUUUUCCUUAGCAUUUGGGCGAAAAUACGAAUUCUGGAGCAUGACGCUCGUCGUCAGAUGGAGGCGAAAGCGCGCGAAGCAUUUUUUGACAACAUUUUAGGACGCAGGGGAACCAGCCAGUAUCUUGUGCUAAAAGUGCGAAGGGAAUGCUUGGUUGAAGAUAGCCUUCGUGGUGUCAGCGAAGUAGUUGGAUCCGGGCAGGAAGAGAUCAAGAAAGGCCUUCGCAUCGAGUUUGUUGGUGAAGAGGGCGUUGAUGCUGGUGGCCUCCGUAAAGAGUGGUUCUUGUCGCUAGUACGGGAGGUGUUUGAUCCCUUGAACGGCUCGUUUCUGUAUGACAACGAUUCCCGCUAUUGCUAUUUCAAUCCUUAUUGCUUUGAGUCGUCGGAACAGUUCUUUCUCGUGGGGGUUGUAUUAGGGCUUGCGAUUUAUAACUCCACCAUCCUUGAUGUUGCCUUUCCACCAUUUGCUUUUCGAAAACUGCUAGCCUCAGCAAGACCGAACAAUGUCCCAACGUUAUCAACGCCGUAUCAACCUUUUAGGUGUACCUUGGAUGACCUUGCGGAAUAUCGUCCAGCACUUGCUAAGGGUUUGCGACAGCUCCUUGAGUACGACGGUGAUGUAGAGGAAACAUUUUGUCAAGACUUUGUGAUCCAGGUUGAGAGGUACGGUGAAACGAUAGAGGUCCCCCUUUGUCCCGGUGGAGAGAAACGGCCGGUUACCAAUUCCAAUCGGUGGGAAUUUGUUGAUCUUUAUGUCAAAUACAUGCUUGAUGAUGCUGUUUCUCGGCAGUUCGAGCCGUUCAAGCGAGGCUUUUUCACAGUAUGCGGUGGCAAUGCUCUUCACCUUUUUAGGCCUGAAGAGAUCGAACUUUUGGUCCGUGGCUCGGAUGAAGCUCUUGACAUCCCUUCAUUGCGGGCUGUGGCAGUUUAUGAGCAUUGGCCAACGGCCAAUCCUGAUAGAGACCCAGUCGUGAAUUGGUUUUGGGAAUUUUUUACUCGAGUUAACCCCCAAGACCAGCGCAAGAUCCUCAGUUUCAUUACUGGCAGUGACCGAAUACCUGCCAUGGGUGCAACUAACCUAGUAAUAUGCCUGCUUUAUCUUGGACAGGAUUCGGAAAGGUUCCCGAUAGCGAGAACUUGCUUUAACAUGUUGUCUCUAUAUCGGUAUAAAACGCGACAGAAGCUGGAAUCGAAACUGUGGCGAGCGGUAGUUGAAAGCGAAGGAUUCGGUUUGAAAUAAGUUGCUCAAUGUUUUCGCGAGUUCGGCUCAGAACUUCGCUUCAAUCGGGUGUCGGAUAGUCGCCAUCAAACCUCAUGAUGUCACGAAGCUCUAUACCAAGUUGGUUUUGGGUCCCCUUUUCGGUUGUUUUGGACUAUCUUUUAUAAUUGUUGCUGAAAUGUUCCCUUCUGUUGAGCACUGUGAGAUAAAAAUAGAACUGUUUGUGAGACUCUCCUAGAUCGAGGCAGUUCGGUCUCUUGGUGAUUUUAAUCUUAUGUUGUUGGCUCUCGAGUGUC